AUGUCCUUUGAUACCGAAGUCCUAAUCAUCGGCGCUGGGUGCAGCGGCCUUGGUCUCGCAAUCCAGAUCAUCAGGCAAUAUGGCAUCAGGAACUUUGAGCUCGUGGAGAAGAGUAAUGACGUGGGGGGGACGUGGUUAGCAAACUCAUACCCCGGGUGUGGAUGCGAUGUAGCUUCACAUUUCUAUUCCUACAGCUUCGCCCUGAACCCUGAGUGGAGCCGUAAAUACUCGCUACGUGAGGAGAUUCAGGAGUACUUUCGCUCGGUGGCUGAGCAGUAUCGUAUUGUGGAGCAUGUGAGGUUCCAUUCUGUGGUGGAGAAGGCUGAGUGGGAUGACAUGGACAAGGUGUGGAAAGUCACGGUUUUGAAUGUUGAGAGCAAAGAGAAGAUCGUUCGGAGAGCGAAGAUAUUGAUCUCUGGCGUGGGUUCUCUAUCCGUGCCUAAGAGAUGUGACAUUCGUGGCAUGGAAACGUUCGAUGGGAAGGUUUUUCAUUCGGCGCAAUGGGACCACAGUUUCGAUUGGGGAGGUAAAGAUGUUGUUGUUCUCGGCAAUGGUUGUUCGGCAACGCAGUUCCUCCCCAUAAUGGCCUCUCCACCAAACCCCGUCCGCAGCAUCACCCAAUUUGCCCGACAAGCCCAAUACCUCUCCGAGCGCACAAAUCCUUACUAUACACCAACUUUCAAAGCCGUGAUGCGUUACGUUCCCUUGGCCAUGCGUCUUUAUCGCGCAAAGUUCUACUACGACAUGGAGCGUGACUAUUCCGGCUUCAGUAUCGAGCACGGCCGCCCUAUUCGCGACGCUUUAGCAAAGGAAAAUGAGGCCUAUGUGAAAAAGAUGGCGCCACAAAAGUAUUGGGAUGCAUUGAUUCCGAAGACAGAGAUUGGUUGCAAGAGGAAGAUACUGGAUACAGAGUAUUUGGCUAGUUUGUGGAAAGACCAUGUAGAGCUUGUCUGUGACGAUCCUGUGGAGAGAUUUGUGGAAGAUGGGGUUCUGACGAGAUCUGGGAGGGAGGUGAGGGCAGAUGCGGUAGUGUUGGCGAUUGGGUUCGCGACACAGCAAAUGCUUUUUCCCAUGGAAAUUAUUGGACGGGAUGGACUAGGCUUGCGCGAGCACUGGGAGAACACUUCUCAAGGCAUCGCACAAGCCUACUUCGGCACCGUCAUUCCCCACUUCCCCAACUUUUUCACCCUCAUGGGCCCCAACACCGUCACGGGCCAUCUCAGCGUCAUCUAUACAGUUGAAUGCCAAAUCAACUUCACGCUGCGAGUCCUCGAUCCUGUAUUGAAAUCCCUGCCCUCCUACCGUUCCCGCUCCUGGCUCCCCGCCUUCCUCGCUCCAACCCCCACAACGGUCGAAGUCCAAGCGGAAGCUGCACUCGCAGACUCGGCAUGGAUUCAACGUGAAGCCAAGAAACUGGUUUGGGCCAGCGGAUGCACGAAUUGGGCUGUGGAUCCCAAGACGGGCAUCAACAACAUGAUGUAUCCUGGCUAUCAGUUUACGUACUGGCUCAGAAGCGUGUUCUGGAAGAGGAACGAUUUUGCAUAUCGAGAUGAAAAGACUGGAGAGGUAAUCAGGCCGGAUGUAAAGGGGAGGAUGGUCGUAUGGGCAUUGACCAUCGGGGCGCUUGCUGGUGUGUUUGUAGCACGAGACUGGAUUAUUGAGGGACUACCUGAGCGGCUAAAAGGGUUGAGAGGAUUGCGGGUGGGUCGAGGUUGA